UUCCGGUGCAUGGGGUGCGGUUCCGGGUCGUGGUGCGACUCGGGGCUACAGGGUUGCUGCUCGGCCGGCCGGCCGGCUGCGGCGAGUAACGUGGGCAUGAGGGCGAGCCCGGAGAGUAGCAGCUGAGCCGGCCAGGAGGAACGACAGCCCCCGAGGAUUCUGAGAGUGCGGAGCUCGGGGCAGGGGCCGGGAGGUGCGGGGGAGCCGAGCCCUCCCCCAAAGAACGUGCCCCGGGCCGACCCGGCCGUAGUGUGGCUGCAGCUUCAGAUUAGGAAGACUCAGGAUAAAUUACACAGCUGGUACAAGACAGAGCCAGGAUUCAAACCCAGGUAGUUGAGCCCGUGAAACAACAUGAAGAGGAGAAAAUAGCCUUUUAAGGAAAUUGGCCCACAGAAAGGAUGGCCUUCUUGGACAAUCCAACUAUCAUUCUAGCUCAUAUUCGACAGUCCCAUGUGACCAGUGAUGACACAGGAAUGUGUGAGAUGGUUCUCAUUGACCAUGAUGUUGACCUAGAGAAGAUUCAUCCUCCUUCAAUGCCUGGAGACAGUGGGUCAGAAAUUCAGGGAAGCAAUGGUGAGACUCAGGGCUACGUAUAUGCCCAGUCAGUCGAUAUUACCUCAAGUUGGGACUUUGGUAUUAGAAGACGCUCAAAUACAGCUCAAAGAUUAGAACGACUCCGAAAAGAGAGACAAAACCAGAUCAAAUGCAAAAAUAUUCAGUGGAAAGAAAGAAAUUCUAAACAAUCAGCCCAAGAGUUAAAGUCACUGUUUGAAAAAAAGUCCCUCAAAGAGAAACCUCCAAGUUCUGGAAAGCAGUCAAUAUUAUCUGUACGCCUGGAGCAGUGCCCUCUGCAGCUGAAUAACCCUUUUAAUGAGUAUUCCAAAUUUGAUGGCAAGGGUCAUGUAGGCACAACAGCAACGAAGAAGAUCGACGUCUACCUCCCCCUGCACUCGAGCCAGGACAGACUGCUGCCAAUGACCGUGGUGACAAUGGCCAGCGCCAGGGUGCAGGACCUGAUCGGGCUCAUCUGUUGGCAGUACACAAGCGAAGGACGGGAGCCGAAGCUCAAUGACAAUGUCAGUGCCUACUGCCUGCAUAUUGCUGAGGAUGACGGGGAGGUUGACACAGAUUUCCCCCCACUGGAUUCCAACGAGCCCAUUCACAAGUUUGGCUUCAGUACUUUGGCCCUGGUUGAAAAGUAUUCAUCUCCUGGCCUGACAUCCAAAGAGUCGCUCUUUGUUCGAAUAAAUGCUGCUCAUGGAUUCUCCCUUAUUCAGGUGGACAACACAAAGGUCACCAUGAAAGAAAUCUUGUUAAAGGCAGUGAAGCGAAGAAAAGGAUCCCAGAAAAUUUCAGGCCCUCAGUACCGCCUUGAGAAGCAGAGCGAGCCCAAUGUCGCCGUGGACCUGGAGAGCACUUUGGAGAGCCAGAGCGCCUGGGAGUUCUGCCUGGUCCGCGAGAACAGUUCAAGGGCAGACGGGGUCUUUGAGGAGGAUUCACAAAUUGACAUAGCUACAGUGCAGGAUAUGCUUAGCAGCCACCAUUACAAGUCUUUCAAAGUCAGCAUGAUCCACAGAUUACGCUUCACAACCGACGUCCAGUUAGGUAUCUCUGGAGACAAAGUAGAGAUAGACCCUGUUACGAAUCAGAAAGCCAGCACGAAGUUUUGGAUUAAGCAGAAACCCAUCUCAGUCGACUCUGACCUGCUCUGUGCCUGCGACCUUGCUGAAGAAAAAAGCCCCAGUCACGCAAUAUUUAAGCUCACGUAUCUAAGCAAUCACGACUAUAAACACCUCUACUUUGAAUCUGACGCUGCUACCGUCAAUGAAAUCGUGCUCAAGGUGAACUACAUUCUGGAAUCACGAGCAAGCACUGCCCGGGCUGACUAUUUUGCUCAAAAACAAAGAAAACUGAACAGACGUACAAGCUUCAGCUUCCAGAAGGAGAAGAAAUCAGGGCAGCAAUGACGCUGGCGUCCAGCCUCACACUGUGGCCGUAGCUUCGAGCCUGCCUGCCGGGGCCAGGUGGCCCUAGCGCCUCCCUGUGUCCUGCAGUCCUGGGGGGAGGCCAGCCCCUGGCUCACGGGCACAAGGCUGGUGGGCUUAGGGGGAAAGGGCGGCACCCUCAGAACAGAGCUGGGGACAUUUCCACGGGACCGAAGCCUGAGUGGCAGUGGCUGUGGUUAGCGGUGCCCGGGGCCAGACGACGUGGAGGGGAGCCCCCGCUGCGCAGCACCGUCACUGCCUGCCUCCCCCGCCGCCGUGUACAUAGUUGCCCAGACAUUUCCAUGCAACUUGAUCAAAUUUCUUAAAACAAACGAAGAACAAAAAUGUACAUUUCUUUUUUCCUUUUAAUAAACAGGUGUACUCUUUAUCA